AGUCGCCUCAACGAAUGAGACGCUAGUAAUAUACGGAGUGCGCGGUCUGUGGCGGUAUUCUCAAUAAGGAGAGGUUUGAUUGGUUGGAACAAAGCCAGGCAAAAGGGGUUCAUUCUUUAUGCUAACCGUAUUCGGCUUUCUAUGAAUAACGAUCCUCACUCACGAGCCUACCUACUACAUUCAAUAGGUCUUGUUUUUCAGAUUCUUACAGUAGAUAUAAGUUGUUUAAUCUUGUAAAACAACAAUAGCGAGGUAUUAGAUAUCUAUAUCGUGACUCAUUUACAUCCGAUAUAGAUAUUUAAUAACUAUGCAUCGAUACGAAGAGAGCGCCAAGAAAAUUCUAGUUUGCUCUUUACUUCGUCCCUUUGCCUAAAACAUACCUAAGUCGUGUGCUUUAUUCAAGAUGGCACCAGUCAUCAUUCUAAUACGCCACGGUGAAGCUUUACACAAUAUUACACACGAAUGGGAACUACCUGAUCCAGUCCUGACUGAGAAGGGUAUAGAACAAUGCAAAGCUCUCGCGGAAAAACUUGAAUCGAAUUUCAACUUUGCUCCAGAUGCGUGCCGCAUAAUAGUGAGCCCUUUGAGAAGGACGUUGCAGACCGUACAAUAUGGUCUGCAGUGGCUUCGAGAUCGUGGAGUUCCUACCGAGGUUCGUGCUGAAUGGCAGGAAACCACAGAUAAACCCUGUGAUAUUGGUGAUCAUCCCACUACAAUCAAAGACGAAUGGCCCGACUUUGAUUUCUCGACCUUAGACCCAAUCUAUCCUCAGAAGACUGGUCUGUAUGAAAAUUCGGAAGAUGCCUUCCAGAAGAGAGCGUCAUUCGCUAAACAAUGGCUCUUUGAACGUCCUGAGGAGUGCAUCGUCGUUGUCACACACUCAGGAUUCUUGAAGAGAGUUGUCAAGGGGCCAAAAUAUGAGAACGUCGAGUAUAGGACAUAUGAGCUCGUCAAGGAUGCGGAUGCGGAUGACCUAAAACUUAACGAGAUCGACAGAUAUGUCUUUUCUAUAGAAACUCUUACUCCGGCGAGAAUUACAGGGGAGGUCGAAGACAAUGGUAGCAAUUGAUGCUAGGUAUGUCAAGGGAGAGAAACGCAUGUGCCCCUUGCUUGGAGGGAUGCCGGAUGCCUGGCUGCAGUGAAUUAUAAGUAGGCAGUCAAAUUCAUAAUUGACAAUGGUCACAGCACUAUCGAGCAGACACAACAUAAUUCAACUGACUUGCUCGCAUAUCCGAUGAAACGCCGUAUUCGAUGACACGUGUCGUCGAUAAGAGAACGGAAUGAAACGCAAGAGACGCGAAGAAAUGCGGGAGACUGCAAAUUGCGAUGUCGCCGAGAUUUACCAUGGGAACCCGAUGUGUAGCAGAUAUCGGAUUCCCUCAAACGAACGGCAUGUCAUAUUCUUGCACUGGACUCAGCCUUGAAGACGGUGAGGAUUAUUCGUCUGUGAGCAAUCAAAAAAGAUUGAUUAAGAAUCGGACGUGCUGAUGAAUGUAAAGAUUAAAAAAAA